AAGAAAAUAAAUAAAUAAAACCGAACGUAAAGGUUAAGAAAAGGAAAAGGCGAAGAAAAUAAUUAAAAAUAUUUGAAUUUCCUCGAUUUCUCAUUUUGGAAAGCUUUGGAGUUUGGCUUUGCUUCGAUUCUCUUUCUCUCUUUCUUGAGGUUUCACUUUCUCUUUGUAGAUCAACUUAGGGUUUUGCUCUGCUCGACCGGAUCGAUCCGUCUUGCGCAGCUUCUGCGCGUUACAGUAUUUGAAUGUUAGUUUUGGCCCUGGAUUCCAAUCAAGACUCAGGAUUUCACGAUUACCACCACUGGGAUUAACAGUAGGCGCUUUGGAGGAAUUUAUGCUUGCGAAAUGAAAUCUAUGAUUAAACACGCUUUUAAUGAAACAGGGUGGAGUAAUUGCAUUGAGUAGCAUAGUUUCAACACAUCGUUCAAACUUAUUUGGCGCAAUCCGUGUUUUGGUAGGACAGCGACUCUGGUUUGUUAGUGGGUUUAAGGUUGGUUACAUAUGAUAGUACUACAUUGGAGGAAAUAUAAGUAGGCUGUUAUAGAGAGUCAGUUGAGUGGUUGUUUGAUGGAUUUGGCAGUUUUCCACUCAUAUCUGUGCAUGUAGAAUAGGUAAAAGUUAUAUUCUAAGGAAUGGAUGAAUACAGAGAUAUUGAGAUGUUACUUCCCAUUUGGAACAAUAAGAAUCCAACAGAUCGGCUUUUCAUUAUAUCUUGUUUAGUUGCUGCCCUAGUUGGAAUUUUGACUAUAGCCUAUACUGCCUUUCAAUGGAGGAGAAACAUCAAUAUAAGUUGGAUGAAAGCCAUAGCCAGGUCAAAGAAAAAUCCAAAGACGAGGCAUAAGGAUCCUGUAACUGCUCAUACUUGGGUUCUAGAAUCUGUGUCUCGUGGAAAAAAUUUAAAUUGUUGUGUGUGCUUGAAGUCCAUGUCCCCUUCUCAAACUCUUGGGCCUAUGGUGGCUUCAGACAGUUUUAUUCACCGAUGCAACAUUUGUGGUGCAGCAUCACAUCUAAGCUGCUCUUCUAGUGCACAUAAGGAUUGCAAAUGUGUAUCUAUGAUUGGAUAUGAACAUGUGAUGCACCAAUGGGCUGUUCGUUGGAGAGAAGUCACAGAUCAACCUGAUGGUACUUCUUUCUGUAGCUAUUGUGAGGAACCAUGUAGUGGGUCUUUCCUUGGUGGAUCCCCUAUAUGGUGUUGCUUGUGGUGUCAACGACUAGUACACGUUGAUUGCCACAGUAGUAUGUCCAAUGAAAUAGGUGAUAUUUGUGAUUUAGGCCCAUUCAGAAGAUUGAUUCUACCACCACUCUAUGUUAAGAAGUUAAACCGGACAUCUGCAGGUGGAUUUUUGAGCUCACUUACUCAUGGAGCCAAUGAGAUAGCAUCUUCAAUGCGUGCAACCAUCCGGAAUAAGAGCAAGAAGUACAAGCAUGGAAAUGAAUCUUCUGUUGACACUGGAAAUAGUGGUAGUACUGUGGACACGUCCACAGAAGGCACUGCUGAUACUCAUCAAACAGUUAAUGGUUCUCAUGGAAUAGAGGAAAACUGUAAUGGUAGCAUGAAUCUGGAGUAUCAACACCAAAAUGGUAAUGUAGAUGACAAACUGGAGUCCAAGCCCAGUUUCAAAAGAAGUUCUUCAAUGAAUCAGAAGGAUGAGUCUCAGGUAUUAAGAAUGAAACAGAGAUAUGAGUUGAUUGAUUUGCCUCCAGAUGCAAGGCCCUUGCUAGUUUUCAUCAACAAGAAGAGUGGGGCUCAGCAUGGGGAUUCACUUAGGCUACGUUUAAAUAUACUUUUGAACCCCGUUCAGGUUUUUGAGUUGAGCUCAACAGAGGGUCCAGAGGUGGGUCUUUAUUUAUUCAGAAAGGUGCCUCACUUUAGAAUCCUUGUAUGUGGGGGAGAUGGUACUGUUGGUUGGGUUUUGAAUGCCAUAGACAAGCAAAAUUUUGUUUCUCCUCCUCCAGUUGCUAUUCUUCCUGCUGGGACUGGAAAUGAUCUGGCCAGGGUCCUUUCCUGGGGAGGUGGUUUGGGAUCAGUGGAGAGACAUGGGGGCCUUUGCACGGUGUUACACCACAUAGAGCAUUCUGCAGUAACCAUUCUUGACCGGUGGAAGGUAGCAAUUUUAAAUCAACAAGGAAAGCAGUCCCAACCACCAAAAUUCAUGAACAACUAUCUUGGAGUUGGAUGUGAUGCAAAGGUUGCUCUGGAUAUUCAUAAUCUGCGGGAGGAGAAUCCAGAGAAGUUCUAUAACCAGUUUAUGAAUAAGGUUCUUUACGCAAGAGAGGGCGCUAGGAGCAUAAUGGAUAGGACAUUUGCGGAUUUUCCUUGGCAAGUUCGUGUCGAAGUGGAUGGAGUUGAGGUUGAGGUCCCUGAGGAUGCCGAAGGUGUACUUGUUGCAAAUAUUGGAAGCUACAUGGGUGGUGUAGAUCUGUGGCAAAAUGAGGAUGAAAAUUAUGAUAAUUUUGAUCCACAAUCUAUGCAUGAUAAGAUACUUGAGGUUGUGAGCAUAUCGGGGACAUGGCAUCUUGGGAAGCUUCAGGUUGGGCUUUCUCGUGCUCGAAGACUUGCACAAGGGCAAACAAUUAAGAUACAGCUCUUUGCUGGACUUCCUGUUCAAAUUGAUGGGGAGCCUUGGUUUCAGCAUCCAUGUACAUUGACCAUAUCCCAUCAUGGCCAGGCCUUCAUGUUGAGGAGGGUGGCUGAGGAACCUCUUGGCCAUGCGGCUGCCAUAAUCACCGACGUGCUUGAGAAUGCCGAGACAAAUCACAUAAUCAAUGCUUCACAGAAGCGAGCUCUUUUACAAGAAAUGGCACUGAGGCUGUCCUAGAGUUUUUUACUAGCUCCUCCAGUUAGUGAUUACAGUUUUGGUUGCGGUAGUACUAUUUGUUAAUUAAAAUCUUUUACACGUUUUCUACAGCCUCUUGUGUCUAUUCCUCAGAUGUUAUGUCUGGUGGUUAUGAACUUACUGCUUCUAUAUGGAGCAUGCUUGUAAAUGAACCUCUUUUAUUAUCAAUGGAAAGAAGCAUUCAGAGUUGU